ACGAUUCUUUCUUCCAAAAUCUCAUUCUUCUCUCUCUCGUGAUUCUCUCGCAUUCAUCAAAACACUGUCCAUUUUUGUUUCCCCGUAGGAACAAAAUCUGUUCUAUCCAACUACAUCAUCAAAAACUUGCAAUCUUUUUCAACAAUGAUGCAAGAGAUGUGGAAUGCUCCUCCAGGUUUCAGACCCUCCAAAUCAGCACCUUCUUCACCUGCAAAACCUCUUGGUGUUCCCAGAACUCGUUCUGAAUCAUUUCACAUCACUCAUAAGGUUCCUAUUGGUGAUACUCCUUAUGUUAGAGCCAAAAAUGUUCAGUUGGUGGAUAAGGAUCCGGAGAGAGCAAUUCCGUUGUUUUGGGCGGCGAUAAACGCGGGAGAUAGAGUGGAUAGUGCUUUGAAAGAUAUGGCUAUUGUUAUGAAGCAACAGAAUAGGGCUGAAGAAGCUAUUGAAGCUAUUAAAUCACUUAGAAGUAGAUGCUCAGAUCAAGCACAAGAAUCCCUUGAUAAUAUUCUCUUGGAUCUAUACAAGAGAUGUGGUAGGCUUGAUGACCAAAUUGCUCUAUUGAGGCACAAGCUGUAUUUAAUCCAACAAGGGUUGGCUUUCAAUGGCAAGCGCACAAAGACUGCUAGAUCUCAAGGGAAGAAGUUUCAAGUCUCAGUGGAACAGGAAGCCACUAGAUUAUUGGGAAACUUGGGAUGGGCACUGAUGCAACAAAACAAUUACAUAGAAGCAGAAGAAGCCUAUCGCCGUGCGCUUUGUCUAGCUCCAGACAACAACAAGAUGUGCAAUUUAGGCAUUUGUUUGAUGAAACAAGGAAGAAUAGCUGAAGCAAAAGAAACUCUCCAUAGAGUCAAACCUGCAGUUACAGAUGGACCAAGAGGCUCAGAUUCUCAUCUGAAAGCCUAUGAAAGAGCACAACAAAUGCUCAAAGAUCUCGAGUCCGAAAUGAUGAACAGAGGAGGAGUAGACAGGCUUGAACAAAGUAGACUCUUUGAAGCUUUUCUUGGUUCUUCAUCAAUCUGGCAACCUCAGCCUUGUAAGGAUAACAUUCACACAAGCUUGCCGCCAAUGAGAACAACAUCAACAACAAUUCAAGAUGAAUUUGGUGAUGAGAACAUCAAUUCCAAUACCAACAUAGUGAAAAAUUACACAGCACAGCCACAAAACAAGUUUACUCCUUUGGUGAACAACUCACUUAAUGUUGCAGCUCCGCCAUUUUAUGCAGCGAAAUCAUCUUUCAAGGAAUCAAAUGAGAAUUUGAAUUUGUCGGAGAGACUUAAGAGAACAAGGUCUGGAAAUGCUGCAGGAUUACUGAGAGUGGAUGAUGUGAACAGCAACAAGGUGAAUGUGGAAUUAGGUGUGCCUGGGAACAAAGCAAGAAGGCUUUCAUUUGAGAAGAAUAAGUUGUGUGAUUUGUUGCCUGAUACUAAGGACUUUGAAGAUGCUAUUCUUGCUGCUGUUUUGGGGUCUUCAAAUGAGUUGGAGAAUGAAAAUGCUGCUACUUCUGGGAUUUGCUCCAAGAAAAUUGACAAGAGGAGGCUCAAGGUUUUUCAAGAUAUUACAUUAUCUUUGAGUCCAAAGGCUUAAGUUAGUUGACUAUUACAUUUUUUGAAUAACAUCAUAGUGUUAGAUUGGAGAUGAGCUUGGUCUCCAUUAUUUAACUUAAUUUUCUGUAUGCUUACACUAUGGCAGUUCUACUACGGAUAGGAGUAGCCAUCUGCAUUUUGGAGCCCCCCCCUUAAUUGUCUAAUUAAUUUAUGUUGUUAUUUGUUAUUGCCUUGUACCUUGUAAACAAGGCACAUUGACUUAUGAAUAAAUUGAUAUGAUGAGUUUAUUGGAACCAAAUCCUUUAUACUUCUA